UAUCAUUAUCCACGUGGAGAUAUAGAAACGGUUGAAGAAGGACGCGUGGGCCAAAGCCCAUACACAAACCAAAAGCCCACCCAAGCCCGCACGCUCACACGUGUGUCCUUUAUAAUCUUUUUUUCUCUCUCUCUCUCAAACCUUCUCUUUCUCCUUUCUCCCUCUUAUCUGCUUUUCCUCUUAUUUUGCCGGCAGUUCUUUUAUUUUAAUUUUAAUUUUAAUUUUUAAAAAUUAAACAAAUAUUAAUAACAUCUGAGAUUGGGAGUGUCUGUCUCUGUUCUUCUUCUUCAAUAACAACAAGAACAAUAAGAAUUUGAAUCUGCGCCUUUGCUGGAACAUCGAUUUCUUCUUGAUCGGAUGAGACCGAGUAGCGUCGGAGAUAUGACGUCAUCUUCGUCGUCUUCUUCUUCUUCGUCGUCGUCUUCUCCGUUGGCGGUCGUGGUGGCUUAUAAGUUGACGGAGGCUUCCAAUUGGUGGAACGAUGUAAAUGAAUCUCCACUCUGGCAGGACCGCAUCUUUCAUCUCCUCACCGCUCUUUACGCCGCCGUAGCCACCGUUGCUCUGAUUCAAUUGGUUCGUAUACAAUUGAGAGUGCCGGAAUAUGGUUGGACGACGCAGAAGGUGUUCCACUUUCUCAAUUUUGUGGUGAAUGGGGUUCGAGCUUUUGUAUUUGGCUUCCGCCGCGAUGUGCAGAAGUUGCAACCGGAGAUUGCCCAACAUAUCUUGCUUGAUAUGCCAAGUCUUGUUUUCUUUACAACUUAUGCGCUUCUAGUUCUCUUCUGGGCAGAAAUUUACUAUCAAGCACGCGCUGUAUCAACUGAUGGAUUGAGGCCAAGCUUCCUAUCUAUCAAUGCGGUUAUUUACGUAAUUCAGAUUGCACUGUGGUUAGUAUCAUGGUGGAAGCCAAUUCGACUUGUCGUCAUCCUAUCAAAGAUAUUCUUUGCAGGUGUUUCGCUGUUCGCAGCUCUAGGGUUUCUUCUAUACGGUGGAAGACUUUUCUUGAUGUUGCAACGAUUUCCUGUAGAAUCAAAGGGGCGACGAAAGAAGCUGCAGGAGGUUGGCUACGUGACAACCAUAUGCUUUUCAUGUUUCCUUAUCAGAUGCAUAAUGGUUUGCUUUAACGUCUUUGAUAAAGCUGCUGAUCUUGAUGUUUUGGAUCAUCCAAUUCUAAAUUUGAUAUAUUACGUGUUAGUGGAGAUAUUGCCCUCCUCUUUAGUUCUGUUCAUUUUGAGGAAGUUACCACCAAAACGCGGGAUCACACAAUAUCAUCCAAUUCGCUAGAACGAAAUCACAACCUAAUCUGCUGCAGCAAAACAAAGCGAAAUGGCGGGGAGGUACAAAAGUGUUAAUGUUUUUCAAGAUGCUUAUCUACCUCGAGCGAACUCUUAGAAAGGAGGGAAAAAGUUGACCUCUUUGUGUUUUAAGGAACUCUUGGAUUAAGUUUGUUCUUUUUAGUAAUGAUAUAGAUCCUGUUAAAAAGAAUGAUCUUUCUUAGUAUUGUGAAAUGUGAUCUUGACUGCUGUUUGUUAUUAUCUUUUGCUUUUGAUUUGUUUUGGCUCAUUUAUGGGUUCACUUUCUGUUACUAAUUAAUUACUACUCCAUGAACAGAAAAACAGCAGGAAAGAAAGUAAAUUGAAAAAGAAAAAAAAAAGGUUUGGUUUUUGUGUAUGAA